AACUGCCCCCAAAGCAUAACAGCAGCAAGAAGAAGAAACUGCCAAAAGUCCCAGAAGAAGAAGAGUUAGCCCGCGCGACUUAAGUAAUGUGUUUACAACGGGGAAGGAGGUGUUAUAGAGACAUGUUUCAUUGUGAAGAUCCGAUGUUCACAUCAUGAUGUUGAUAAGCCCAGAGCAGGAGGCCCUGAUUGGCCGGGUUUUUGAAACCUACCUGACAGAGCAUCAUCAUGGUGACUUGCUGCAGCACAUCGCAGAUGCUAAUGAAGAGACUCAUUGCCCUAUUAUUGUUAAUGCCAUGACACUGUUUGAAGCCAAUAUGGAGGUGGGGGACUAUUUCAACGCAUAUCCCUUUGAUGUUCUGGCUAUAUUUGAUAAAGUAUUACAGAGAAAAGCCACAGAGUUAUCGGAUGACACCUCUUCCCAGUAUGUUGAAAGGCAAAGGACAAAAGGGCAGAGGAUGAGACACAUUCUUCAUGCCCGCAUUACAGGUUUGCCAGUGUGUCCAGAGCUGACCAGAGAAACUAUUCCAAGAUCCAGAGAUGUAGGACACUUUUUGUCUGUGACUGGUACUGUUAUACGCACCAGUGUUGCCAAGGUUCUGGAAUAUGAGCGUGAUUAUAUGUGUGCCAGGUGUCGUCAUGUUUUCACCGUACAGGCUGAUUUUGACCAGUUUUAUACCUUUGUCCCGCCGGUGAGCUGUCCUAACCCUGAUGGCUGUAACUCGUACAAAUUCAGCUGUCUCUCAGGAGGAUCUGAGCCUGCAGUUUGCAGGGACUACCAGGAGAUCAAGAUCCAGGAGCAAGUGCAGAGGCUGUCAGUGGGCAGCAUUCCCCGUUCUUUAGUGGUAGUUCUGGAGGAUGAUCUGGUUGACUGCUGUAAAUCUGGAGAUGAUGUGACUGUUUAUGGAGUGGUGUGUCUGCGCUGGAAGUCUUUUUAUGAUGGCACUCGCUGCGAAGUAGAGCUGGUCCUCAAAGCUAACAAUGUAGAGGUAAACAACCAGCAGGCCGCCACUGCUCUUCUCAUGAAGGAUGUAGAGAAAGAAUUUGAAGACUUCUGGAACAGCAACAGACACAAUCCCCUGGCGGGUAGAAACCAGAUCUUGUUGAGCCUUUGCCCACAGGUUUUUGGCAUGUACGUGAUUAAAUUGGCUGUGGCCAUGGUGUUGGCUGGAGGAGUGCAGAGAAUAGACUCUUCUGGGACCAAGAUCAGAGGUGAGUGCCACAUGCUGCUGGUGGGUGAUCCUGGCACAGGGAAGUCUCAGUUCCUGAAGUAUGCAGCUAAAAUCACAUCACGCUCUGUGCUUACAGCUGGAAUUGGAUCAACAAGUGCAGGAUUGACAGUAGCAGCAGUGAAGGAUGGAGGUGACUGGCAUCUGGAGGCAGGGGCUCUGGUCCUCUCGGAUGGUGGUCUGUGCUGUAUUGACGAAUUCAACAGCAUCAAGGAACACGAUCGCAUCAGCAUCCAUGAAGCUAUGGAGCAACAGUCUAUUAGUGUGGCCAAAGCUGGUAUUGUGUGUAAGCUGAACACUCGAACUACCAUCCUCGCUGCUACGAACCCCAAAGGCCAGUACAAUCCCAACGAGCCACUGUCUGUGAACGUAGCCCUGGCCAGCCCUUUGCUGAGUCGUUUUGACCUGGUCCUAGUUCUACUGGACACCAAAAAUGCAGAGUGGGACCGCAUCAUCUCCUCUUUCAUACUGGAAGACAGAGGACUACCCGCUGAGUCUUCUGGUCUGUGGUCCUUGGAGAAAAUGAAAGCCUAUUUCAGUCUGAUCAAACGACUGCAGCCUCAGGUGUCUGAGGAGGCAAAUUGCAUCUUGACGCGUUAUUACCAGCUACAAAGACAGAGUGAUGGCCGCAACGCUGCGCGCACCACCAUCCGUAUGUUGGAGAGUCUGAGCAGACUGGCUGAAGCCCAUGCCAAGCUCAUGUAUAGAGAGACAGUGACUAUAGAGGAUGCCAUCAUUGCUGUCUCUGUUAUGGAAUGCUCCAUGCAGGGUGGCGCUCUGCUGGGAAAUGUAAAUACAUUACUUACCUCAUUCCCCACUGACCCUGAUCAGCAGUAUCAAACUCAGUGUCAGAUACUGCUGGAAGGACUGAACCUACCUUUGCUCCUUCAGACUGAGAUGAACAGACUGGCCAGAUCCGGACUAACAUCACACACAUCUGGAUUUUCUUUGUUCACUAGACUAAAAAGGAACACAUCAGCGGCUUCCCAGCAUCAAAUCAGAGGCACAGACUCCAUCAACUAUGACACCAGUAACUUGAACAGCUCUGUCACAGUAGAGAGUGGCUUGAACUUCUUUCACUCCUCCACUCCAUCACAGUCACCAGAUGAUAUGACCGUGCCCAUUGUUACAUCAACUCAAGCAAACCUUCGCAGGAAACCAAACCCCAUUUGCUUGGAUACAUCUGUAAUAACCAAACAUCUGAACUAUGAAACUGAGGAAGAGGAUCUGACUAACACUGGUAGAGUUCUUUCACAUCCUUUGGAAACUAUUACCUCUUUUCCAAAAGAAAGAAACACAAACAGAGUGACAAAUAAAAACAUUACAGAACAGAGGACACAAGAGGAAGUCAUCCAGUCUAAAAGACAGAAGGGUGAAGUGCAGCCAGAGUCAACGGGGUAUGUGUUUCAGAAGGUUUCAAAGAGUCUGAGAAAGCUGAAUCACCGGCAGUGUGAUGAAGAGGGAGGACAAAGACACGGGAAGCGAGUGGUGUAUGGAGAUGAAAAUGUGGCAGAUGAUUUAGAUACAUUAUCAGAUUGCCACACUAGUGCACCGUCAUCAGUUGCAAACAGCCAAUCACAUGUCUUGGAUCAGCAUGGCCUGUCCACGGUCACUGAUAGGACAUUUGAUAAGAAGCACAGGGGAGGCCUGUGUGGGACUAAAACAAUUAGUGCUACACUGCAGGAAAAAAAGGCAGCCGAAGCUGAAACACAAACGGACCCGCAUGCAAAGCUGUCAGGUUUUAUGUUCAAACCGAGGAAAAUGACAACUUUAAGUGACACUAUUGGUGACUCAGAAAAGAAUUUCCAUAAUCCAGAAGGUGGAUGCAAGGGAGAGAGGGGAUCUGUAGUCAUGACUUGUUUGACAUCAGUAGACACUGAUAAUAUUUUUUCAACUAACAGAGACCAAGUGGAGAAAGGUAGCACUGUUGGUAGAAAAAAGUGUAAUGGUACAGAUAAUCCCCAUCAACACAAAAUCAACAUGGGUGAUGGCGCCCAAGUGGAUUCCUUUUCCAAAUCAGACCCAAUCAAAUGCACUGUAUCUUCAUCAACUAUUGCUAAACUCUCAAGGUUCUCAUUCACUUCCACAAUCAAAUCUACAAGUUCAACAGUCGAAACUAGAGGGGAAAAAAGUCUUCUUGAGCGCAACCAUUUUGAAUGUUUGAGAGCUAAUUCAAAAGAGGAAACGUUUUGUUUACGCAACCCCAGUUCCUUUGAAAAGAAGAGAAAUGCAACUGUUCCCAUGGACAAAGUAAGGGAUGUGCUAGACACAUUGGGAGAGGAACAUGAACAUGGGACAGACUCGUCAUCUAUGCCACACUGCAAAACAACAGAUCGUACUCAUGCUGCAAACCACAGUAAUAGUGUAAGAAUAUUGAAUGAUGGCCCAGUUAACUGUCAAAGUACUGUCAGCGUGAAGAAGAGAAAGUGUUUUGAACUGGGCCCUCUACCGUCUACUGCUGGUGGUGGCUCUGAGGGUUUGUUCUCUGGACGGUCUCUGUUUGGCUCUACCGAGGUUACUAAUGAUCUACUUGACACUGACUGGGACAAAGAGGUUUCAAAAAAAGCCAAAAUCUGACAUUAUGAGCUGGAUAAAGAAUUCUAUGCCUGAAAAGACUGUGGAUCCAUACUGUUGGCAGCAUGAAAAUAAAAAUAAAAAAAUAAAACACAGUGGCCAAAA